CUAAGGCAGCAGGACGAUCGGAGCGCAUUCCUGGGCUCAGUGAGCUGCCAGCAUCUGAUUAGAAACAUACAGUAUCCAAGGGGCUGGGAGAGCCGGAGCAGCGCUCCAAGGAGAAGCCAGAAGGGAGCACGCACUCACACUCAUCUGUCAGACCGCGAUCAAGGACAUCUCCAAACACUGCAGCUACCCAACAUGAAAAUGACUUCUUGCUGAGAGUUCUUUUUUUUCCCCGGAAAUUAAAUCAUCACAAAUCAACCUGCAUUAUUUUAAUGAGACUGAAGCUGUGAGGCAGGCCUCCAGACAUGUCAACUGAAGUAGAAACCACCACCAGCACCACACCUGACGUGGCACCGGCUACAAAGCCCCCUUCAAAGAAGGAAAAGAAAAAAGGUCCAGAAAAAACAGAUGAAUUUCUUCUGGCCAGAUUCAAAGGAGACGGAGUACGAUACAAGGCCAAAUUAAUUGGCAUUGAUGAUGUCCCCGAAGCCAGAGGAGACAAAAUGAGCCAAGACUCCAUGAUGAAGCUAAAGGGCAUGGCAGUAGCAGCUCGUUCUCAGGGACAGCACAAGCAGAGAAUCUGGGUCAACAUUUCACUUGCCGGUAUAAAAAUUAUUGAUGAAAAAACUGGAGUAAUAGAACAUGAACAUCCGGUAAACAAAAUUUCAUUUAUUGCUCGGGAUGUGACCGAUAACCGAGCCUUUGGGUAUGUGUGUGGAGCAGAGGGACAGCACCAAUUCUUUGCCAUAAAAACAGCGCAGCAGGCAGAACCUUUAGUUGUGGAUCUUAAGGAUCUCUUCCAAGUCAUCUUUAAUGUAAAGAAAAAGGAGGAUGAAGACAAGAAAAAGAAUGAUGAAUGUAGUGAGCCAAUAGAGAAUGGUGGCGAUGCUCUGCUCAGCAUUAAUGAAGAUGUUGACAAGUUAAAACUGGGUGUUGACCAGAUGAAUUUGUUUGGUGAUAUGUCCACACCUCCCGACCUCAACAGUCCAACGGAAAAUAAUGAUAUCCUGUUAGUGGAUCUUAACACUGAAAUCGACACCAAUCAGAACUGUGUUAAAGGAAAUCCCUUCUUAUCGAAUGGCGUCAUCAAUGCUUGUUCUUCUCUUCCUCAUCCAAAAGCACAGUCACCUUUCUCGCCUGAAAAUCAGUUUUCUGCCACUCUCAGCUUUUUUCCUUUGCCUAAUCCAGAUCCCUUCAGUGAUGAUCCUUUCACCGCUCCAGAUCAAAAAGCCUGCUCUUCUGCUCUUAAUUGUUCAAACUCUGUAAAUCAUAGGAGUGAAAAUGUAACUAUAGUGAACGGUUCGGGAAACAAUAAUGCUCUAACAAGUGAUAUUGAAUUUGGGCAGCAGUUUGACCAAAUCUCUAACCAUUCUGCUAAGUCAGAAGGAAGCUCAGACCAGUGGCCUUUUAAAGCAAACCAGUCAAUUCAUAACACAAGGACUCAGAAUGGUGUUCUAGAACAAAGACAGAACGGUUCCUUGAUCAGUCCCAGGGCAAAUCCCUUUGCUGAAUGCACACCCAAAGGAGUGGAUUUGCAAAAUGGAAUGCAAGGGAACUCAGAAAGCAAUCCCAGCCCCAAAGCAGAUACCACCAGUCCCCAAUCAAGUGAUCCAAUAGCUAUUAGCCCUCCGCCGCAAAGUACCAAGCCUGGAAGAGGCAGGAGAUGUGUGAAGCCUUCAUCUGAUGACAUAUUUGGCUCUGACCUCUUUUCAUCAAGCACUGUUACCAAUUCUGAACCAGUUUCAUCUGUAACAUUAUCAACCCAAACAUCCUCAAAGAUGGUUAACCCUUUGGAUCUAUUUAGUGUACCUACCCUACCUGCCGCACAUGUCAUUGGGAAUCUCAGUACUCUACCAGUGCAUUCAUCUCAAACACAAUGGAACCCUCAUUUAGGUUUUAAUCAACCAACCGUCACUCUUGCUAACCCAGCUGUUGGAGCGCAGACUGUUUUUAAUCCUCCUAACGUUCUUGCACCUCCACCAGCCAUGGGAUCUUGGAAUCAACCAACCAAUUUUAUAGCACCACCACCCGUGCAGAAUACAGCCUUAUGGAAUCAGCCAGUAUCACUACAGCCGCAGGGGUGGCCUCAACCUCAAAACAAAGGCAACCCUUUCCAGGUCAACACGUUUGCACCAACACCACCAACUUUAUCCUCUGGAUUCAUGCCACCAGGUUCGGUUCUUGCAACUCCUCCUCAACCACCACCCAGACCAGCACCUCAGAAGGAGACACCUAAGAAAGAAUGCGACGCUUUUACAGCUCUAGAUCCACUCGGUGAAAAAGAAAAGAAAAAUGUGAAGGAAAUGUUUAAAGACUACCAAUUGAUAAAGCCCCCAGCUGUUCCUGCAAGACGUGGAGGACAUCAGCAGAACAACGGCAACACAUCUGGCGCAUUUUCUGAUUACUUUAAUAGCAAAGUGGGAAUUCCUCAAGAGAGUGCUGAUCAUGAUGACUAUGACAUUAAGCAGCUUUCUUCUAAAACUGAUGAACCUCCAAGACCUGCCCCAAGAAUACAAUCGCUACCAGUGUCCAAACAUACAGAAAGCUUGUUUGAUAACCCGUUUGGAUCAGAUUCUUUCAAUAUCUCCUCGCAGACUUCUAAAAUAAAUCAGUUAACUACGUCUGAUCCAUUUGGUGAUCCAUUUGGAAAUCCAUUUGCGUAAAGAAAAUAUGUACUGUGUCUAUGGACAGAGUGACACUAAUGCGGAAGAAGUAACUCCAUGGCACCAUGUUUCCUUUUUUUUUGUCUUCUGUUCAUCACGGUUAAUGAUAUAUUUGCACUGGUUCUACAAAUUGUCAAUGUAGUGUUUCCCAAAUAAUUGAAGUUUAAUUCUAACAAAAAAAAAACACAGAUCUCUCUAAAAAAAGAUGGUUUAAUAUAUAAAUAUUUUGUCUGUCCUCAUUUGGUAAUCAACACUUUUAAGUUUUACGAAUAGGGACAACAUAACCCACUGGAAUCUGUGCAUAGAAAAUCGAUACCAAUUUUCUCCGAGUAAUAGUGUGUUUCAAGAUUAUCCCCAUGAUCCUUGGGAACAUAAACUAUUGUUAGUCUUUACUAUGUGAAAUAUGUAUGAAGAGUCAUCAGCUGUAUUCACAAAUUCUUUCAAACUAGCUGUGAAAAAAAUGUCUGGUUUUAGAGAACUUGUAUGGAUUUCUUGUUCAUAUUUGACCAUACUUUGGAACUUGAUAGAUAAUCUGGCCUAGAGAAGAAGGUGGGUUACCAAAAAAAAGCCAAUGCCCCACCCCAAGAUCACAAAGUUGUCCAAGAGACCUAGUAGUCAGCUUUUUAUACAUCCAAAGACUCACAGAAAUAGGGACCCCAUGUAGUGGCAUGUUUAUGACCAGUACAAAGCUUCUUCUAGAAACCUAAAAACAAUUGUGAUUUGCUUAAAAAAAAGGGCAAGAUAAGAGCAUUUGUGUUUGACUUGUCAUUUAAUUUGCCUAUGCAAUUCCUCACUAAAUGUGGAUCAUCAUGAUGUUUAUGUAGUUCAAGUAUAUACCUCAAUGUGACGCAUUACAGGAUUAAAGGAAAUGGAGAACAGCACAUCCCCUUCCUGCAAGAUUUUUGUGAUUGCCGAGUCUGGGAAUAAGUGUUAUUGUCCAAACAAACAUCUACAAUGUCACCGAUAAAUGAUUUGCUCACCACCCGACAGCCUUUUUGGAUUCUUGAUAGAAGCUGAAGCUUUGUUUUGAGAUACCUACAGAACAAUGGGUACCAUUUCUAAUGCUAAUACUACAUGAUAUUAGACGGACCCUUUAUUUUGAAAACAGGGUGUGGAAAUAAUAUUUAAGCUGGUGUUGGACCAGCCUCCUUUACUAAUACUCCACACAAUGGACAGCGACUGCUUUUCAAGAAUAUGAUGGAAGACUUUGUAUUGACUUCAAUGUGUACUAUUACCAAAUGUAACAAAUGCUACUCUUUUUUUUUUAGUAGCUUCUUUUUAUAGUUGAUCUGGUAUCAGCUCAAAAACACAGCUGAACAUGUUCGUUUGCUAAUUGCAGAAUCAAUUAUUUUUCAUCAAUUAGUUUGAUUAUGAACUAGUUAUUAACUUGAGAUCAAUCAUUUACACUUACUAAACUGGAAAUAUUUUAAUUUUAAAAGUGAUUUGCCAAGCAGGUUCUGAGUGAUCAUCUAUAUACCUAUGUUAUAAAUGCACUUUUUUGUAAAAGGAAACCAAUCCAGUGAUAUUUUAAUUACCUUUUGCUCUUUCGAACUGGAUCUGAAAUAUACUUUGUAAUCUUACAUUAGCCUCUGAAAUGUCUGUAUAAACUCAAAUGUUGUUCCGUAUACAAUGUAUUCAAAUAUACAACUAUGUAUACUAUCAUA